AUGACGUCCGAGCGUAGCGUGGGCGGCUCGGUGCUCAUCCCGUUCAACACGGGCUGCCGGAACGAGGCACGCUGCGAGUCCGAUCUGCGCCUCUCCGUGGACGCCUCCUGGCAGCCACCUAUAGUUCGCCCUCAGUCGUGCGAACCGUUUAGCUACGCAAUCCGCGCACAGCCCCCGGAGGCGGCGUGGGGCGGCCUCCGCCUGGCCGACACCAGCGGUGCAGACUGCGAAGUCCUGCCCGCCCCCAACGCCUCCAGCAUCGCGCUACGCUGCAAUCUGCGCAUGCUCAAGAUGCGCCCCGGCUGGAGGGAGACGGUGCGGAUGAAGGUGGCGCUGAAGGGCCAGGCGGCGGGCGUCGCGACGCUGAGCUGGAACGCGACAGCCUUCCUGCGUGGCCACGAGCUCCGCCCGGAGGACAACCAGCGGGUGGGCGCGCUGCGCCUCGACGCACCGGCGGGACUCGCGCUCACCGGAGGCACAGAGCCACGCUACAUUUCUGCUGUUUCGGAUGGCAGGGAAAGUUACAAAUUCACACAGUUCUUCAGGGUUAUUAACGCUGGCGCGUACCGUCUGCAGAGUUUCAACUUCAGCUUGCAUUUACCUCUGGGGCUUGACUACGAAGGGCGGCAGUACGGUGGGAUCCACUACGAAACGCCGAAGACGAGCACGCCAAACAAGGUGACGUGCGCCACCUCAUCUGGUUCUCCGACGAGCGGUGCGCCAUCUUCCCAGGGGUCACCGGGCUGGAUCUCUCAGAUCAGCACGGCAGCGUUUGGAACCGAGCUGCGCGCCUCUGCAGACUGCUCCAGGCUGGACAGGACGCGCUGCCAGACGUUCCAGUGCGUCGCGGGGCCGCUGGAAGCGGACGGGGACAGCGUCGACGUCAGCGUCUCCGCCGUCCUGCUCCGACGCUCCAUAGAGGACGUGCUUUCCCGCGCUGACGUGGACGUCAUUGGCCGCGCCAGGCUGCACAUGCCACAAGGUGUGCUGCUAACUUCAGAACUGUCCAGCGAAACAAAUACGACGACUACCAUUCUGAGCCCCAACAUCCAGAGGGCGGCAUUGGCUCCUUGGGUGUGGAUCGUUUUGGUGGUGGUCGCCCUGCUCAUCUAUGCUGCUAUAGUGGCCGUCCUUUAUAAGAUGGGAUUCUUCAAGCGAAAGAAACCCACAGCAAGGAGAUCAGAAGCAGAAGAUGAAAACUUAGCCGAGGCUAAGAAACUCAUGGAAGAAGACUGAGUAAGCAGAG